CUCUGUGGACCCCACUAUGAACUUACCACACCAUCAACCACAUCCGCAUCCUAGCUCUGGAAUCACUCCCCGAAACUCUACAUCAGGACCUUCUUCUACUUCUAGUGGGAGCGGUAUAGGUGCUUCUUCAAGUGGAACUCCUACUAUUCAACACAAUAAUUCUAUCAUUCAAAUUGUUAAGGGUGGUGACGACCGUAACCUGAUCUCAUCGGCCAGAGAUAGUAUAUCUUCACUUCCCUCAAAGUCUAUGAAUAUCCCUCAUCAUCAACAGAACAGUACGGCAUUGGCACAUUUGCCCAUUAUUUUUGGGUCGAAUGGCAGUAUUAGUGGGCCAUCAAGAAACUCAAGUAUCUCACAUUCCACGACUGUGCCGAGCUUAAGGAAUGGCAGUAUAGUUGGAGCCUCUCUGGGAUACUUUUCUCGAUCUGGAUCGGUGGUUAUUCCGUUGUCUGAGAAAAAGGACGAACUCAAGGCUAUAAGAAAACUUGAUAAACAUCGGAAAGCUGCCAACAAAGAUGCUAAGCGUAAGAAAGGAGUUAAAGAGCAAGUAUUAAAGUUACCUUGGAGUAUGGAAGAAGACGAACUACUUAUUAACAGACGUAAUCGGGAACUUUCGUUCGCAGAAUUGUCUAUACUUUUACCUCAACGUACAGAAGGAGAAAUUUGGGCCCGGAUUGAUUACCUAGAGAAAUUAAGAAAUGGAUCUCGCUCCAGUGUAGCUAGGGAAAGAAGAAGAAGACAAUCAUCUAUUGGUUUGGAUGAUGUUGAAGACUUUUAUAUGAGUGAUAUCGGUGUCGUGACGGAAGACGAUGAUGAUGACGAGGUGUUGUUGGAGGUGGAGGAUAUACCUCAAGCCCAUAGACGUGGACUAAAAAGGCGAGCAAGCUCGGCGGUGAAUCCACUUACUGUGAAUCACUAGUGUUUAUUACUUCAAUUCCUUGUCCUUCUUGUGUAACGUUUUGUAAUUAUAUUGUCUUAUUAACAAAAAUUUAAUUUAAGGGAUCUCUUGCUUCAAGCUUCUAAUAAUUAGUAAAGCUUUAAAUCUCCAGUAAUUUGAUCUAAAACUACUUUAGGGGCUGGUCCGAGGCCUAAUACUGUUGCUGACCCAGAUUCCACUUGGGUUCUACCUGCAUCAUGGACUAUAUAACAAUUUACUCCGAGUGAAAUGGCCUGCGCAAAUAAAGUAUCCAUCCCCUCUUGGUCAGGAACUUGAAGGGUGAUUUUAGCUUGUCCAUUACCGUAUUCCCAUCUUGUAAGCAUCUCAGGAUUAUAAGCUGGAGACUGAGGAUUACUCAUUUUUUUGUAUAACGCUAGGGUUGCAUGAGAACAUUGAGCAGCACCUUUUCCUUUCCCCAUUUUUAAGUCUUGGCGAACCACUAAGGUCAUUCUAACCUCACCGCUUAUUUGGUUCAAUUCUGAAGAAUCAACAUCGACGCCUUCAUCCUCUUCCUCAGUUUCUUCUUCAGUUUCGUCUAAAAUUGUGAAUGAGCAUUUACUUCGGUUAGUAGAGUAACAACCACGCUUAGCUAAAAGCCAACUCAGAAAUAAUCCUGUUAUGAAGCUCACAGCAACCACUGAAAUAAAUCCGACAGUUCUGCUCAUCUCAAAUGCAUUU